AUGGGAAGCUCACAUCUCCUCAACAAAGGCAUGCCUUUAGGUAUAAGGCCACCCAUCAUGAAUGGGCCUAUGCACCCCCGCCCCCUGGUGGCGCUGUUGGAUGGACGUGACUGCACAGUGGAGAUGCCAAUCCUGAAAGAUGUGGCAACUGUGGCUUUCUGUGAUGCCCAGUCCACACAGGAGAUCCACGAGAAGGUUCUGAAUGAAGCAGUCGGGGCUCUUAUGUACCACACCAUAACUCUGAUGCGAGAAGACUUGGAGAAGUUCAAAGCUCUACGCAUUAUUGUUCGUAUUGGCAGUGGCUAUGACAAUAUUGACAUAAAAUCUGCAGGGGAACUGGGCAUUGCUGUGUGCAACAUGCCUGCAGCAUCAGUGGAGGAGACAGCAGACUCCACACUGUGUCACAUCCUCACCUUGUACCGACGCACCACAUGGCUGCACCAGGCUCUUCGAGAAGGUACACGGGCCCAGAGUGUGGAACAAAUACGAGAAGUAGCAUCAGGAGCAGCAAGGAUCAGAGGAGAGUCUCUCGGCCUGAUCGGUCUUGGUCGAGUGGGCCAGGCUGUAGCACUGCGAGCAAAGGCUUUUGGCUUCAAUGUAAUUUUUUAUGACCCUUAUUUAGCUGAUGGAGUGGAGAGAUCAUUGGGACUACAAAGGGUCACCACACUACAGGAUCUGCUCUUCCAUUCAGACUGUGUUUCCCUACACUGCAGCCUUAAUGAGCAUAAUCACCAUUUGAUCAACGACUUCACUAUCAAACAGAUGCGGCAGGGGGCAUUUUUAGUCAACACUGCGAGGGGAGGCCUGGUGGAUGAGAAAGCCCUGGCACAGGCCCUAAAAGAGGGACGAGUACGUGGAGCUGCUCUGGAUGUUCAUGAGUCUGAGCCCUUCAGUUUCAGCCAGGGCCCACUUAAGGAUGCCCCCAACCUCAUAUGCACUCCCCAUGCUGCAUGGUACAGCGAACAGGCAUCACUCGAGAUGAGAGAGGAGGCAGCUAGAGAAAUCCGAAGGGCAAUCACUGGUCGUAUCCCAGACAGUCUAAAAAACUGUGUGAAUAAGGAGUUUCUUUCUCAAAAUAACCACUGGACAGGGGUUGACCCAGCCACUGUCCACCCUGAACUCAAUGGGGCUUAUAGGUACCCCUCUGGAGCAGUGAGCUUACCUGCCGGAGGGCUCCCUCCCCCUGUUGAAGGCAUUGUGCCCAGUACAGUUCCCAUCACGCAUACUCUUCCUCCUGCUGUCGCACACCCUCCACAUGCACCUUCGCCAGGGCAGAACACUGUCAAGCCACCAGAGGGAGACAGAGAGCAGCACCCAAACGACCAACUGUAG